CCCCGAGUGUGGCUCUGAUCAGCUGACUGGCUCGCUUUCGCUUCCCUGCAGAAUGGCUGCAGGUUUGGGCGGCUCCGUUUUGUGAGGAGUAGCUCUUAUCCGCACCUCUCGCUUGUCACAGAGAGCAAGUUCAUGAUUUCAUCAGAGAGUGAGGAGGAGCUGUACACGGAGAGGACAGCUCUAAUGUCAGCUGCCGUGGCAGCUACAUCCUCCUAUCAGGAUAAAGAUGAGGUGUCCAACACAGCUGAGUGGCAGACCAACAGGCGGCUCUCGGCAGCAAGCCAGCGACUGGUCAGCGGGGAGGACAAUGAGGGUCCUGAGAGUGGUUCCACCAGCAGGGAGCUGGUCGCUGACAGUGACGAGGAGGAGCUGACCCUCAAAUAUGGAGCCAAACACGUCAUCAUGCUCUUUGUGCCCGUCACUCUGUGUAUGGCUGUGGUAGUCGCUACAAUCAAGUCCGUCAGCUUCUACACGGAGAAGAAUGGGCAGCUCAUUUACACACCUUUCACAGAGGACACGGACUCGGUUGGACAGCGUCUUCUCAAUUCCAUCCUCAACACAAUAAUCAUGAUCAGUGUGAUUGUUGUCAUGACGAUAAUCCUCGUUCUCCUUUACAAAUACCGCUGUUACAAAUUUAUCCAUGGCUGGCUGAUUCUCUCUUCCCUGUUGUUGCUGUUCCUGUUUACCUACAUGUAUUUAGGUGAAGUGUUUAAGACUUACAAUGUGGCGAUGGACUAUCCCACCCUGAUCUUAAUCAUUUGGAAUUUUGGAGCGGUGGGAAUGAUCUGCAUCCACUGGAAAGGCCCCCUGCAGCUCCAGCAAGCUUACCUCAUCAUGAUCAGCGCACUCAUGGCCCUGGUCUUCAUUAAAUAUCUCCCCGAGUGGUCAGCCUGGGUCAUUCUCGGAGCCAUAUCUGUUUACGACCUGAUUGCAGUGCUAUGUCCAAAGGGCCCUCUCCGGAUGCUGGUGGAAACAGCCCAGGAGAGAAAUGAACCAAUAUUUCCUGCUUUGAUAUACUCCUCCACCAUGGUUUGGCUGGUGAGCAUGGCAAAGCGAGACGUGGCCACAGAGGAGCCUCUCAACCAAACCGGCACUUCAGAAAAUUAUUUGGACAAUUAUUCAGUAGAGUCUGGAGCAAAUCACCCCGUCACCCCCGAGUCUAAUGAUGCCACUGAUGUGCCUCAGAUCCUAAUCCAAGGAAUGAAUCGUACAACAGUUAGUCCUGAGGACCCAGAGGAGGAAAAGGGUGUCAAACUCGGCCUUGGGGACUUCAUUUUUUACAGUGUUCUCGUAGGAAAGGCUGCCGCUGCUGCCAGUGGAGACUGGAACACAACACUGGCCUGCUUUAUCGCUAUCCUAAUUGGUCUGUGCCUCACACUCUUACUUUUGGCCGUGUUCAAGAAAGCACUUCCUGCCCUCCCCAUCUCGAUCACCUUUGGGCUGAUAUUCUACUUCUCAACCGACAACCUGGUUCGCCCUUUCAUGGACACACUUGCAUCACACCAGUUUUAUAUUUAGGUGCCUUCCUGCUGGAGCAAUGUCCCUCACAACGCUGUGUCUCAGCGAGAUUGAUGUUGAGUACGAAGUCAGGGAAAGUGAGCCAGAGCACUUCAAAAGAAAGGCAAAAGCAUCACCACUAUUGGAAUACUCAACCCAAUGUAACCUGCUAAUGUUUCAACACUUCCACUUUCCAGCAAAACCAACCCCUGUAUGAAAUAUUCCUUUUUCCUUAUUUUUUAAAAAAAAUUAUGAAUUUGAGAUUCUCGUUAAGUUUAAAUUAAUAGUUGUCACCCCCAUUUUCUAAAGGAUGUUCUUGUUUUAAGAUAUAAUUAUCUAGAUCAUGAGAAAAAUUAAAAGAAAAUCUAGUAGGUAAAAGUAGCUUUAUGAGCAAGUUGUUUUUUCUAAUGUUGAAAGUACAAUUGAAACAAACUUCUUUGGUAGUGAAGAGGACUUUAAAAUGUUGAUCUUUUAAAAUGGACUGGGCAGUUUAGUAACCCAAUAUUUCUGUAUUAGCUGAGCCUUUGUCAAGAAGGAUUUGAAUGAAUAUUAAGCUACCGGUUAUUAGCUGUUACUUCAUAUAAAAUAUUUAUAUUGUGUAAGUAUCUCCUACUCAGAGAUGAAGGAAAAUAUAUAAUCCUUGCAUAUGAUGUAGCACCUCAUCGCGUCAUUGAAGCA